UUUUUCAGAUAUGAAAAUCCAACAUUGGAAAUGUUUUCAACUAUAACCUUGACUGUAAUCCCUGAUAACGAUGCGGAAUGGGCUUAAUUAUUUUGAUCAAGAAGUUGGUGAUUCUGAUUGUAACAUGUUGCAUAUCAAAAGUAAAUGGAAACAUGACACAGGGCAAUGGAGGACAUUCAUUUCACAACACAGAAAAUGUAGUUAAUGAUAAUAUUGAAUAUGCUCUGCAAUUAAUAAACGAUAUUAGCAUAGAAAGUCGUGGUACAUUAUGUGUAACAGAACAGUAUCGCACGUUACCUGUUCCUAUUAAAGGUAUCCGUUCAGAACCAGCACGUCAACGAGCCGACAUGGCAGCAUUAUUAUUAUUAGACAUGGGAUUAUCACAUCAUGGAAGUUUACAAGAUGCGGUUGCAAGAAAUUUAUUACUAGCAGAUGCAACAAUCAUAUCUGCACGAGUUUUAGCUUUAAAUUCAUCAAAUGGCUUAUUAAAUUCUUGUUCAUGGUGGGUACGUACUGGUUUAGAAGGCCCACGCAAAUUAAUGGAAGGUAUUCCUAAAAUUGGUUCAUUACCUGAUUCAUCAUAUCCAUGGUAUGAAGAUCCCUUAACCAGUCCCAGUUUAAAAUCAUCAAAAUUUAUGUUAAAUCCAUCGAAUGUAUCAUUUAAAGGCUGGUGGACGUAUCCAUAUUAUUCAUGUGCACGAAGUGGAUGGGUUAUGUCUUAUAGUGUGCCAAUUAUUCCUGUACAUCGCCCAGGUAUUAAAGGAUUUUUAAGUAUUGAUAUUGAAAUAUCGAAUUUAGAAAUAAAUCAAUGCGAUUACAAUCCAGAAACAUCAAUAUCCAAUCAAAUCUAUGCAUUUUAUGGUACACACAAGUGUCACAAUACCACCACACAAUGUGUAUAUCGUGGUUGGAAUAAUCCCUUAACAUCUAGUCCAAGUAAAGGAUGGGUACGUGGAAAUUAUCAAUGCAAAUGUCGACGUGGAUUUUAUUCACCGCGUCAUAAUGGAGUAUUCAAUGGCACUCUUGUUGAAGUUGCUUGGCAUGAAUAUCAAGAAAAUUCAAGCAGUCUUUGGGAAGAAGUAUUUCGUUGCAAAAAAUGCGCUCCAGGUUGUUCUGAAUGCAUUGAUCUGUCACCAUGUUUGGCAACUUACAACUGGCCAUUUAGAAUUUCAUUACUGAGUGUAUCAGUGACAUGCGCCGUAGGAUCUGUAGUAUUGGUUAUUUAUAUGUUGCGACAUAGAAAAUUAAAAGUGUUUAAAGUUGCUAGUCCAACAUUUUUAGCAAUCACAUUACUUGGAUGUGCAACAAUGUACUUGGAGAUGGCUGCCAUAUUUCCAGUAUUAGACAUGUACUCUUGUAUUGCAACAAAAUGGUCACGACAUCUUGGAUUUUGUGUUACUUAUACUGCUUUAUUAAUGAAAACUUGGAGGGUAUCAUUAACAUAUCGUGUAAAAUCAGCGCACAAAGUAAAAUUAACAGAUAAACAAUUGUUACAAUGGAUGAUACCAAUAUUACUUGUUAUGUUAAUAUAUUUAAGUACAUGGACGUUGAGUGCAACACCUACUGCAGAGGAUAUAACCGAUGUAAAAGGUUUAAAAUUUAAACAAUGCACAUAUAAUUGGUGGGAUCAUAGUUUAGCUAUUGGCGAAGUAUUCUUUUUGGCAUGGGGUGUACGCGUAUGUUAUAAUGUACGUAAUGCAGAAUCAUUGUAUAAUGAAGCUCGAUUAAUAAGUUAUGCUAUUUAUAAUAUUUCACUUGUUAAUAUUGCCAUGGUGGCAUUUCACUUAUUUAUAUUCCCACAAGCUGGUCCCGAUAUUAAAUAUUUGUUAGGAUUUAUUAGAACACAAUUAUCAACAUCUGUUACAAUUGCCUUAGUAUUUGGUCCUAAGGUUCUGCGAGUAAUUCGAGGGCAAGGUGACCAAUGGGAUAAUAGAGCAAGAUCCCGUGGUGUAACCGCCUCAUUUUCUUUGAACGGUAUUGGUCUUGUACCAGAAGAGACACCAGAUUUAUAUCAAGAAAAUGAAGAACUUAAGGAAGAAAUACAAAAAUUAGCAGCACAAAUUGAAUUUAUGAAAAUUGUUCAUAUGGAAAUGAAUAAUCGUCAUUUAAAACCAAAAUCUGGGGGUUAUUUUAGUGCUGCAAAUGUUCCAGUUAGUUUACAAUCACCGGUAUCGCGAUCAACAACCGGCGGUUUAUUAUUAGCACAUCGUGGCAUAAAUGAAAAUGACACAACAAUGGUGGAUCGUGUGUGACCAUCGAUUGGUAGUGAAGAGUCAUGGUUAUGGAGAAGUGCAAUCAAACGCAUACAAGUACCAGAUAUUCGAAGUCCUGUAUUUGUUUGAAUAUUUUUGAAAUUAUAAUAAUUAUA